AUGGACACUGCUAUGGAAGUCCACCUGGGUGCCGCUGGCCACGGGCCCCGCACAGAGCUCGACGAUGAGGACUACCCCCAGGGUGGCUGGGACACGGUCUUCCUGGUGGCCCUCCUGCUCCUGGGGCUGCCAGCCAACGGGCUCAUGGCAUGGCUGGCCGGCUCGCAGGCCCGGCAGGGAGCGGGCACGCGGCUCGCCCUGCUCCUGCUCAGCCUGGCCCUCUCUGACUUUUUGUUCCUGGCGGCAGCCGCCUUCCAGAUCCUGGAGAUCCAGCAUGGAGGGCACUGGCCACUGGGGACGGCCGCCUGCCGCUUCUACUACUUCCUGUGGGGUGUGUCCUACUCCUCCGGCCUCUUCCUGCUGACAGCCCUCAGCCUGGACCGCUGCCUGCUUGCGCUGUGCCCUCGCUGGUACCCUGGGCACCGCCCAGCCCGCCUGCCCCUCUGGGUCUGUGCCGGGGUCUGGGUGCUGGCCACCCUCUUCAGUGCGCCCUGGCUGGUCUUCCCCGAGGCCGCCGUCUGGUGGUACGAUCUGGUCAUCUGCCUGGAUUUCUGGGACAGUGAGGAGCUCCCGCUGCGGAUGCUUGAGAUCCUGGGGGGGUUCCUGCCUUUCCUCCUGCUGCUCGUCUGCCACGUGCUCACCCAGGCUGCCUCCUGCAGAACCUGCUGCCACCAGCCCGGGUCCACGGCCUGCCGAGGCUUUGCCCGCGUGGCCAAGACCAUCUUGUCAGCCUAUGUGGUCCUGAGGCUGCCCUACCAGCUGGCGCAGCUGCUGUACCUGGCCUUCCUGUGGGACAUCUACCCCGGCUACCUGCUCUGGGAGGCCCUGGUCUACUCUGACUACCUGAUCCUGCUCGACAGCUGCCUCAGUCCCUUCCUCUGCCUCCUGGCCAGUGCCGACCUCCGGGCCCUGCUGCACGCCGUGCUCUCCUCCUUCGCCGCAGCUCUCUGUGAGGAGCGGCCGGGCAGCUUCACUCCAGCUGAGCCGCAGACCCAAGCGGACUCCGGGGAUCAGACUCUACCAGGGCCAGUGGCUGAGGCCCAGCCGCAGGUGAACCCCACAGCCCGGCCGCUGUUGGAGUCCGUGGCCCAGCCACAGUCAGACUCUCUGGUCCAGCCUCAGCUGAACCCCGGGGCCCAGCCCCAGGAGAACCACGGGGCCCAGCGCCAGCUGGAUGCUGCGGCCCAGCCACAGGCAAUCCCUGAGGCCCAGCCCCCUGGACCCCCAGCCAGCUCAGCCCCCAGCCCCUGUGACGAAGCCUCCUCUGCCCCCUCCACGGAUUCCACCCCAGAGGCCCCUGUGAACCCGGCCGAACCUGCUGCCUCCGAGGGAGAAAGCCCCAGCAGCGCCCCCCAAGAGGAGGCCCCGGGUGCAGGCCCCACGUGACAGUCUGGGAAAGCCAGGGCCGCCAGGGCAGCAGAAGAGCUGGGGAGACAGAGGAACCAGCCGGUCAGAGGACGACGGCUGCCGUGGAGGAAGUCCUCGUGGAAAACCCCAGCGAGGCCCUUGGCCUGGCAGACGGACUUGGGCGACGUGAACACAAAGCAGCCAAAAGUCCCAGACAGUCUGUUGUGAGCGUCAUGUCCCUGCCCGGAUCCCAGCAAGCUCCUCCGUGCUUGGCCCACACACGGUGGUCCAACAGUCCCCUGAGCUACCACAGCUGAUGGUGCCCUGCUGGCCUCUGCCCUCCGAUGCCCCCCAGACCCCACUGACAGUCUCCCCUUAGCCUCCGUCCUGCAGGAGAAAGACUGGCAGGGUGACUUCUCCGGGCUUGAUCUGACCUCCCUGAUCCUUCCCUCCCUGCCCUCCUUCCCGUCCCAACCACUAACCUGGAUACGAGGAGCCGCAGAGGAAGUCCCUGCAGAGAAGGGAGCCAUUCUUCAGGACCCCAGGGUCUUAGGAGCCCACAAGUUGGCCUGGCAUGGCCAAGCCCUCUCUGCCAGCCCCCUGCACCCAACAGGCGGUGGGGCUGGGGCAGGACUUCCCUCAGCAAGGUGGUGGGCGCAGAGGCGAGAGCUAGCAAGCCUGGAUUCAAAUCCGGCGCUGGGUGACUCUGGACAAGCUGAUUCACCCUCUGAGCUCCUGUUUCAUCUGGCAUUGUGAGGAUUAAAUGAGAAAGUGUGCAAGGUGCCUGGCAGGAACUGGCACACAGUAGGGGCUCAGUGAACAGGUGCUCUUUUUUCAUGGACAUCCAAGGAUGUCCCUGCAGGGGCAGGGGAUGGAUUGGAGGAAGUGCCCCCUGGCCUGAGCAUCUGGGAUCCUGUGAACUUCGGGGCAGAUCAUGGUGCCCAUGACCAGCUCUGGGCUGCAGACACCCAGGUGGCCUGAGAGAGCAUGGGCCCGCCUCCGUGCCUCGGGCAGCUCCAGGGGACUUCAAGGUCUGCUACGUUUAAGGGUUCGAGUGUUCACCUGCCCAUCCCCCACCAUGGAGGAGGUGCAGAGUGCCCUGGUCCUGCCUCAGCCUGAGCCCCUUCUAUACACUCAGCCCAGAUGCAGAGAUGGGAAUAUGUCCAAGCAGAGAACUCUGGGGACCAGUGGCUCCAGAGAUAGCACAGGCUCCUUGGAGGUCACACGGUGUCUCUAGGGCAGAGCCACCCUCCUCCCUCUUAAGCUGCAGACACUGCUAGAAAAACUAGGAAGUGCUGAAGGUCUAUUUUCAGACCCCCCACGCCACUUCCUUUUCAUACCCAUCACUCUCUACUGGCACUCACCCCACCCAAUCCCCAGGGUUCCAAAAUCGUGAAC